CUGUGUUCGCGCCUUUUCAACAUUCCCUCCAGUCCCUUUCAUCCGCAUUUUUUCUCUCACUGCGCCUGCGUCAGAAGUGUCAAAAAUCGUCGCGAAAAGCAGUAAAGAAAAUAUAAAUAUACGGACGAAACAAAACUAGACGGACAUAGAAGAAUGCUGGCAGGUCCAGUACAUGAAUUUGCAUUUGUUGGGAAUUAAUCGAUUCAGUUCGUGCCGGUUGACCUGAAAGUCAAAUUAUAUAUUAUAUAUGUACGCGCAUAUGUAUUUGCAGGAUCUUUACUACAUUGCCUUCGGCUAUCCCGAAAAGGAGCUCAACACAGACAUUGCACUGAUCACAGGUGGUGGCAACGGACUUGGUCGCCUUCUGGCUGAGAGACUGGGAAAAAUGGGAACCAAGGUCGUUAUCUGGGACAUCAACAAGAAGGGCAUUGCGGAAACCGUCCAAAUUGUCGAAGAGGCGGGUGGCUAUUGCAAGGGCUAUGUGGUGGAUAUAUCCAAAAAGGAGGAGGUCUACAAGGCAGCCGAUGUCAUCAGAGACGAAGUCGGUGAUAUCACUCUGCUGAUCAACAAUGCGGGCGUUGUAUCUGGGCUGCACCUUUUGGAUACACCUGACCAUCUGAUCGAGCGAUCGUUCAAUGUGAAUGUCAUGGCACACUUUUGGACGACAAAAGCGUUUCUGCCCAAAAUGAUUGAGAAUGAUCGAGGACAUAUUGCCACGAUCGCCUCGCUGGCCGGCCAUGUGGGCAUUAGCAAAUUGGUCGAUUACUGUGCGAGUAAAUUCGCAGCGGUUGGCUUUGAUGAGGCUUUGAGGCUGGAGCUGGAAGUCCUUGGACAUACGAACAUCCGAACCACCUGCAUCUGCCCCUUCUUCAUCCAGGCCACUGGCAUGUUCGACGACGUGAAUGCCAGAUGGGUACCCACACUGAAUCCCAACGAUGUGGCCGAUCGUGUCAUUGCGGCCAUCAGGAAGAACGAGAAACUGGCCGUCAUUCCCGGUUUCCUGAAGGUCCUCCUCUCCUUCAAGUGGACCUUCCCCUGGGGCUGCGUGGGUGGCUUGCUGAAGCGACUGGUGCCCGACGCCUCCCCCCACGGCCUGCCCAGCUCCAUAGCCGUUCCCGCCGUACCGCUGAACUCCAGUUCCAAGUCAACGGCCGCCGAUAUCGCCGCUUUGGAUGCUGAGCUAAGUAGCGUUACUCUGCCGGCGAAGCCACCCUCUAUGCUCAUCCAAAGGACACCGUCGCUGGGGGAGCGAGUCCUUUGAGCGCCCAACACCAAGAGCACACCAUCCACUGCUGUUGUUGUAUUCACAUUAUUCUUUUUCCAACGUGGAGGUACGAGCAUGUGUAAUUGAAUUUCGUGUUUUUGGCGCUUUGGCCGCGAGGAACCAAUACUUAGUCUAAGCUACGAAUCUAGUGAUAUUACAUUUAGUUAAAGUAGAUUGAAGGGGAAAGCGUUUAGCCUUAAUUAAUCGAAUUGUAUUUUUGUAAUGCCUCUUAAGUUAAGGUAAUGUUUUGCAUUUCCGAUUGCCAGUAGUCAUCAUUUAAUUUAAUCAAUCCUCCCCAAGCGGAUUAAUGUAAACGAUGUCAUAAGCCAUUAUUUUUGUACUUAUAUGAAUACAAUCAAAUCGUUUUGCUCAAAGGAGCUGUCCAAUUCGAAAAUUGAAAGCUAACUUGGUUAUGCGUUUACUCGUUUUUUAGCUGUAAUAAAUUUUAGAUUUUUUUCAUUAAGCUUAGAUAUACACGAAUUUUUGAACAAAUUUAUUAAAUUUUGAUGUAUAAAAAACAAAUUUAUGUUCUAAAUAUAUUAUAUAAAAACAUUGAUCUUAA